AUGGAUUACAUUUGCACAAUCUGUACAGAUUCUUUGGAAGGAACAGACGAUAAAGCCGCAGUCCUCCGCUGUGGACAUACUUUCCACCGACUGUGUAUUACCACUUGCGUUGAUAUUUUUAAAAAGUGCCCUCUCUGUAACCUCCCAUCAAUAAAAACACAUGUGAAAGAUAUAUUUUUAAACUCCAACACUGCGUUUGAAGCAGCAGAAGACAUAGAAGCCAAGCAUGCGUUGAAGGAAUCACGAUUUGCAAAUAAAUACUUGAUGGCUAAAGUCUGUGUUCAACAAAAACAAGUGAAAGAGUUGACAGUAGCAAAGUAUAACGCUGAAUUGGAUGCAGAAACGGCACAAAGAAGAGAGACCCAACUCGGCGAACGAGCGGAAGAAUUUGAGCGAAAAAACUUUGCUAUUAAGAAAAUGCAAGCCAAUCAAACCAAAGUUUUGAGUGAAAAAGUAGAAAAACUAAAGAUUAAUGUAAAGCAGAAUGAAAAGGAAUGGUUGUUACGUAUCAAGAAACGAGAGACCGAGAUAGCUGCUUUAAAUAAUGAGUUAGCGAAUUUACAAGAAGCUUUGGAUGUGCAGGAGGUUAAAACAGAAAUAUGUAAAAAAAAAAUUGAAAUUGCUGAAGCGAGCCUCAGCGCAAAGGAUCGUGAUGCUCUACAUCUGACAUACCAGAUCAAGCUUUUGAACGAUAAUAAAGACUUCAUAGCUAAUAAAGCAACUAGUACACGCUCAUAA